AAACGGAACUGGUCAGCGGGGGAGAAAAAAAGAACCCAUAACUGCUGCUAAACAUGGUUUCCGUCUUUAGUUUGUGUCCCAAACAGGAUGCAUGAGCAUGAAUGUUAGUCUCAGACCCACACCAUUUGUUUUUGUCUACGAAUGGACAACCACAUAUUGCUCACAUUUCACCCCCAAAACGCCAGGGACCUUCUGGAUAUCGACAAAUUUUUUGAUCUCUAUUGCAAUUAUGUUGUGGAUUUUACUGCUGCAGCUCAUCAACAGCUUUGAGGGUUUAUAUGGGGCUGGACGUGAAACGCUGUGCACCUCCAAUGCCUGCUUCACUCUGCAUAUGAGCAGGGUAACUUUUGAGAAGGCCCGUCAGAACUGUGUGACCAACGGAGGUUAUCUAAUGACUGUGAGAGACAGAGAGGAAGAGAAUGUGCUGCACUCGCUUCUCUCACAGAUCCAAGGACAGCGCAAGGACAGAGAGCUUAGAUCUUGGAUUGGAUUAAAACUGCACAGAGGGAAUUGUGUGUUGGCUGGCAAGACUCUCAGGGGAUUUAAGUGGGUAUCCGGAGAGGAAGAUUCCCACUACUCCAACUGGAAAAAAGAACCUGUCACCACAUGCACAGAGGAUAGAUGUGUUAAGGUUCAUUACAAUGUAUCAAGUCAGAACCAACUGAAAUGGACUGCUGAACCUUGCAGAAGAACUGAUUUUUAUACAUGUAAGUUUUAUUUCAAGGGAAUGUGCAAACCUUUGGCUCUGUUGGGGCCAGGACAGAUCACCUACACAGCACCUUUCUCAGAAGAGCCGGAAAGAAAUGAACUGCAAUCAUUUCCAGUUGGAACAUACGCUGAUAUUUCAUGUAGCGACCAACAGUCUCAAUACUCUGUGUGCAAUUUAAAUGGCAACAUCUAUCGAUGGUCUGAACCUGGUCCGUUUUGCAGAACAGGAAAGCAAAGUUGUGCAACUGGCAAUGGCGGAUGCGAGCAUUUGUGCCACCAGGAUGCAGAUGAGGUUCAAUGCUCUUGCAAAGAAGGUUACAGCCUGGAUGAGGAUGGACUCACUUGCAGGAUAAAAGACUUGUGUGGCGUUGAUACGUGUGAGCAUCAAUGUGUUAUGACAGAGUCUGGCUAUUACUGUAAAUGCCCAGAUGGCUUUGAACUAGACGCAAACCAGCGCAACUGCUCGGACAUUGAUGAGUGCCAGUCACAAGCUUGUGAGCAUGAUUUGUGUGUAAAUACACACGGCAGUUACACGUGUGCGUGUAAAAGCGGCUACCAAAUUGUUGAUGGUAAAUGCAGUGAUAUAGAUGAGUGCACACAAACAAGAUGCGAGCACCGCUGCUCCAACAGUAUCGGAUCCUUCUCUUGUUACUGCAAUGAAGGCUUCAUUCUAUCUGAGGAUGGCCACUCGUGUGUAGACAAUGAUGAAUGUGUCAGAAAGCCAUGUCAGUUCCAAUGCAUCAAUAUUGUAGGCAGCUUCUUAUGCACCUGUCCAAAAGGCUUUCACAUGGAGACAGAUGGAUGGACCUGCGCUCCAGAUGUGACAGAAACAUCAUUUCUUUCACUGGAUGGCCAACCUGAGGAGGAAACACAAGAAAAUGUCACAGUUCUUUCAUCAGAUGACCAACCGGAGGAGGAAACACAAGAAAACUUCACAGAGUCUUUAACCAGGACCACAGUGGAGCUCCAACACCAGUCCCCUCACACUGACACACCGCUUCCAGACCUGGUGAACGUCACACAAAGGGAUCAACAGAGUAACGCAUCCUUGGUAACAGGUUUUGCUGACACAGUUAAUUUCCGGGUGAUUGUCUGCGUCCUGGGUUCUGUCAUUCCUCUGCUGCUUUUGGUUGCAGUGACUCUUGCGAUUGCUCUAUUUCGAUGCAGUCGCUCCAAAAAAGAGGCCAAGAAAAAUGCAACUACUGAUGGCUACUGUUGGGUGUCGUCUGGUUUGGAUCCUCGUUUAGAGAAACUUUACGAGUCCAUCUUGACUGAUGACCUAUGACCUGAUAG